GCCGCUUUGCAGAGCGACGCGCCUGUGCCGCUGCCGCCGGACACGGAGGCGAAGCUCAGCUGGGAGUCGGCACUUGAACGGUUCUAUGACGCCGCCCAGGUCCACGUCCUUUCGGGGAACCUCAUCAGGCCUUCCCAGGCAAGGGGCGCAAAGCUCGCCUUUGAGGUCCACAGCCGAUUUCAGACGGACACCCCGGCCUUCUCCAAGCUGUUGA